CAUGACUAACAAAUCGUUACGUUGUGUGACUUGUGUGUCCUCCAUUUUGCUAAAGCUCCAGUUACAUAUUAGAAACUGCCUAGUCAUGGUGACAGAGAAACUCGUGUUAUAUUAGCCGGAGUAGCAAUUAGUUAUUGAUUCAAGUUAGAUGCAAGCAAGGUACAGGUUGUUAAGUGGAUUUGUAGGUUCUUUGUCAAAAAUGGUCAAGUCUGCACGUGGUAGUUGGGUACGGAGCGAUGUCAAAAUGACAGGGAAAACGGUCGUAAUAACAGGCGCUAAUACUGGAAUCGGGUUGGAAACAGCAAUCGACCUUGUAAAGCGUGAAGCAAGAGUAAUUCUCGGCUGCAGAAACAUGGAGAAAGCAGAAGAAGCAAAGCAAAGGAUUUUUAAAGAAGCUGGCGGCAAAGAUGACACAGUCGUUAUAAAGCAACUAGAUUUGUCAUCGUUGGCCUCAGUGCGGGCGUUCGCAAAGGAUAUAAAUGACAACGAAAGCAAGAUUGAUGUUUUGUUGAACAACGCAGGUAUAAUGCUGGUGCCAAAAGGAAAGACUGAAGACGGGUUUGAGCUUCACUACGGAGUAAACCAUCUCGGGCAUUUUCUUCUUACUAAUCUAUUACUCGAUCUUAUAAAGAGAAGCGCACCCAGUCGAAUCGUCACCGUUUCCUCUGAAGCCCAUCGACUUGGGACCCCAAAAAUUGAUUUUAAAGACAUGAAUUUCGACAAUAACUACGACGAGUCUGUGGCGUACGGAAGAAGCAAAUUAAUGAACAUCUUGUUUACUAAAGAACUUAGUAAACGCCUUGAAGGUACAAAUGUUACCGCUAAUUGCUUACACCCCGGUGUGAUUAAAUCUGAGCUAUGGCGACACAUGGAUGGAUCAAGGAAACCAGUCCGAGACUUCUUCGUUGGUACAUUUGUACGGUGGUUUGGUAAGACCAUAAUACACGGCGCACAGACAAAUAUAUACUGUUGUAUGGCCCCUGAAAUUGAAGACGUCACGGGAAAGUAUUUCAGCGAUUGCGCGGUUGCAAGUGAAAACAGCCAAGCAAAGAAGGAUAAAAAUGCAGAACAACUGUGGCAAGUCAGUCUCCAAGCGACCGGACUAUCCGAAGCAUAGACCCAACGGACAAAUACUAUUAUAUAUAUAAAUUUAUAUAGUAGGGCUGGGGGAAAAUUGGACACCUUUAACACAUUGUUUCUUGUUCGUGUUUUAUACGAUUAACAACGAUCUAUGGGAGUCGAGAGGAUACGGUUUUAGAAUUCUUUGAAUGUUCCUUGUAUACUAACAAAUGAAACAGAAUACAAAAGUGUCCCAUCUUCUCCCACCCUACUAUAUAUUUUUUGUACUACCUUUGCCGUCUUGUAAUGUGUUUCAUUUUAGUUAAAACAGCAUUAAUUUUAGUGUAUAAUGAUUUAUUUUUUUGGCUAAUUAACGAUGAUAUAUAUACAUAUAUGGA